AGGAAACACGUCUCCCUGUCUUAUCAUUUCUUUCCUGUAUUACAGGUUAGUGUUGAACAAGAAAACCCCACAAAACUGCUAGAGUCAAUAAGCAAAUGUUGAGUUAUGAUUCAAGGGUGAGUGGUAGAGUGAAGCUAGGGGAAAAUGGUUCUGUGUAUUCGUGGAAAGUAAGCUAAUGCCCACCGAGAGCGAUAGUAAUGGCGGUGGUACACUCGAUCAUUCUCUUAAAUAGCAUGCUAGCUACAAGAUACUAAGUGGGCCACAUGUCUCCUCUUAAAUUCACAGGUCAUCUGGCUCCGUGUUUAGUCUGUUUUGUUAACUUGCUAGAAGGUGUUGUUUUUUUUCCAAUGAUUUGGUUACUGACACAAUUGCUUAUAAGUCCAAGUCUUGCUUGAUAGUAAAUUUAUGUUAGUGCAUUGAGAGUGCAAUUAUAGUCAAACUAUACUCAAAAAGUUAACCAUAGAGAAACAGUUUUGGACCAACUAGUGACAUGAAGUUGUACUGUGUGUAUUGACUUGUGUGGCUAUGAAAAGCCAAGAAACCUGUAUAAAGAUACAGCUAAAGCACAGUAGUUAUGAUACUGGAAAAAGAGACAAUGCACCGUGUUCAGUGAACUGAUGAUGUUUGUGAAUAAAUAAUGGCGGAGAACAUUGAAAAGAGGAAACACGUCUCCCUGUCUUAUGUUUUCUUUCCUGUAUUACAGGAUACAUACAUCUGCCUACAGGUGUUAGAUUCUGAUACCUGUAACACCUGUAGUUUUUUCAGCUGCCUCUAGAGCUCAUAUCCUUUUCAGCUUAACUUCUGAAGAUCACACCACACGUCACCAUUUUCAAGGUGUUUUUAGCAGACAUAGACAUCAGCCAGACGACAGCUUCAGCAGUGCAUUACAACAACAUAAUCACAGUGAAAUCUGCACAAAGAGAGAAAGAUGAAGAUGAUCUGUCUGCUUUUGGCCGCUAUUUGCAGCCCCGUAUUUACUGAAGACUGGAAGGCUAAUGUCGUAAAAGAACUUGACGCCCUGGUUACAUCAUGUGUUGCGAUACCCUGUUCAUUCACCUAUCCUAAAGAUAAUCUGCCCAGCUCCAAACUCAGAGGGAUUUGGCAUCUUUCAGAUCCUCCAACUAGCCUGGUGUAUCAUGAGGAUCAGACAAGGGUCUUGGACAACUUUAAAGAUUGAACUAGCAAAGACAAAUGAACCCACCCGUGACAAGUUCUCCUUUGUUGAGGAUUGUGUCACCUUGAAAAUGCUCCAUGAACCUCCAACUCCUACACUGACUAAACCAGACACAGCCACUGUGGGACGUUCCUACACUGUCACCUGUUCAGUCAAACACACCUGUUCCUCACAUCAGCCUACACUCACAUGGAGUAGAAGCACCGAUGUGGACGUUAAGUCCUACAGAGAAAUUCAUUCUGGGAACUGGGAGGUACAAUCCAUCCUGACGUUCACUCCUGAGGAGAAGGAUGACCACGAAGACAUCACAUGCACAGCCACAUUUAAUGGAAUGAAGACAUCCACUGCAAAAUUUACACUCUAUGUAAAACGUACACAAAACUUCAACCACAUCAUUAUUCCCACUGCAGUAGGGAUUGGCAUCACUGUUAUCUUUGGAGUCGUCUGCAUUUUCAUGUUGAAAAAAUACAAGGGACGCAUUGCAGAGUUACAAAGUCGGGAUGGCAGCAUGUGGAACCGGCUGUCCAGGAUGUCUCGCAGAGUUCGUUCUGGUGGUCCAGGACGUUCUCAUUCUGAUCAAAGGUAA